AUGAAAGCAACUACAUAGGAUUUAGAUAUCAUAAGACUUUUGAGUAGCAAAGAGUGGUAGACAGCUUAUAAGAAUUUUGUUUACUAAUUUUCAUCUCAAUUUUAAGACAAUUAGUAGAAUUUGAAUUAGCAAUAAGAAUUGCAUAAAAAAUUUCAAGAGUCUUUGUAACCAAUUACGAUUAAAUAUAUAUCAAAUGAGUCUUAGGAAAAGUAUAAGAAAAAUAUUAAAGAAUUGUUGAAAAAUUAUGCUUAGGACACUAUCAUCCAAUAUAUCUGUUUAUUUGAUUUUCAAUUAUUUCAAACAGAGAUGAUUUCACAAAACUAACUGCUUGACCUGAUUGCCUUAGAAUUGAUUAGAAAGGAAGCAAAGUAAGAUUAAUAAGAAAGCAGUUCAGAUGAUGAGUAAGCUGAGAAGGAAUACUUUGAAAAAUCAAGAGAACAAACAAAAUAGCAGAUUGAAGGAACUGGGAAUGUUGAGGAGGAAAAGCAAAAGUUAGAGAAAACAAUUAGGGAAACAAUUGCAAAUUUCAAUUUACCAGAAGUAAUAAAAUAGCCAGAGGUCGAAGUUGAUUAAUAUGGAUUUAACCAAGGAGUUGUAGAAAAAGAAGAUGAUAUAUUUAAAAAGAGUAUUAAAUUAAGAACUUUAAAGUUAAAGCAAACUAUCCCAAAGAAAGAGAUAAAGCUAACUGCAGAUUAAUUAAAAAAGAGAAGAUUACAAAUAGAAUUAGUUAAAAAAGCAAUUAAGGAUUAAUGAAUUUAAUUGUGUUACAAAUAAUAAAGAAAACAUAAUAUUUAUAAA